UGAAAGAAACCCUGCUAAAGUAGAACGCAAAAUACUCCAUUUACCUGCUUAAAUCACUUAAAAAUGACUUCACUAGAUGCAGAUAACAACACCAAUCACGACAAGAGUCUGUUGACUAAAACCCAAGAAGUGGAGGUAGAGGUUAUAACACAACCAAGACAGCGAUGGGAUAGUAAGAUUGAAUUUAUUUUGGCUACACUUGGCUAUAUAGUGGGUUAUGGAAAUUUUUGGAGAUUCCCAUAUCUUUGCUAUCGCAACGGUGGAGCGUCGUUUAUCUUUCCUUACUUUCUGAUGCUGGCGAUAAUUGGUGUUCCUAUGUUCUUUAUGGAACUGUCUGUUGGUCAAUGGUACAAUCGUGGCUUCAUAGGUAUUUGGAAAGCAGUUUGUCCGCUAUCUUCAGGUAUUGGUUAUGCAAUGCUCUUCAUGCAGUUUACUAGCAAUAUGUAUUACAUUGUAAUACUCGCAUGGGUUUUCUUCUAUCUGUUUGACUCGUUUCGUUCMGAGGUGCCUUGGAAAUACUGCACUAAUGAAUGGAACACGCCUUUUUGCAGGUCUGAUCGCAUAGCCAAUCAAGCCCUAAACUGUACAGCUUUCGAUCUGCCAAUAAACUGCACUCAAAAAUUUGUAUCUCCAAGCUCUGAGUACUGGACUAAUCGAGUUUUGCAUAUAACCAAAUCCAUCAAUGACAUGGGAGACAUGAGAUGGGAGCUCGCUGGUACUUUACUUUUUUCCUGGGUUGUCGUGUACUUUUGCAUCUUUAAGACCAUUAAACUGACAGGCAAGAUAGUCUAUUUUACUGCAAUAUUCCCGCUUGUCAUCAUAUUCGUCAUGCUAAUUAGAGGAGUAACACUCGAUGGUGUAAGUGAAGGGAUUUUGUACUACUUAAAACCAGACUUUGCUCGAUUGGCUGAUCCUCAGGUUUGGGUGUUUGCUGCUACUCAAAUCUAUUGGUCGUUGGGAACUGGAUUCGGUGGAGUUAUGACUUUUGGCAGUUUUAACACAUUUAGAAACAAUGUGCACGGGGAUGCUUUGUUGAUAUCAAUCUCCAAUAGCGUUACAAGUUUUGUAGCUGGUUUUGCUGUCUUCAGUGUUCUUGGAUUCAUGGCAUACACUCUGAAAUCAACUGUCGCCAACGUGGCUUCUUCAGGCCCAGGUUUGGUGUUCAUUGUUUACCCUGAAGCCAUUUCUCAGAUGCCUCUCUCGGUUUUUUGGUCAAUACUGUUCUUCUUUAUGCUGGUUACACUCGGCCUUGAUACAAUGUUCGGCUCUAUUGAAUCUGUCGUAACCGCUAUUGUGGAUGAAAAACCCCAGCUUCUUCGUCACCGUAAAUGGCUAGUACUUCUGGUCGUAAGCGUUGUUUUGUUUUUCUUCGGACUCAUGAAUGUCAUGGAGGGAGGCAUGUAUAUCUUCAAUCUCUUUGAUUACCAAACUGCUGCUAUUAAUCUACUCCUUGUGGUAUUACUAGAGAAUAUUUUCAUUUCAUGGAUUUACGGUAUUGAUCGAUUCAGCCAGGAUAUUGAGGCGAUGACGGGUAGGAAGCCUUAUCUAUUUAUUAAAAUCUCAUUAAAGUGGAUUACACCUUUUGUUAGUGCGGCAAUAUUACUGGCAAAUGUGAUUAAGUGGAAUGGUAUAAAGUACAAUGGUGUUGCCUAUCCAGCCUGGGCAGAGAUGAUUGGCUGGUUUCUGUGUCUGACACCAAUCUUUAUCAUCUUGGGCGUGUCCGUGCAUAUAAUUUGGAAGACACCAGGAUCUCUUAAAGAGCGUUGGGCAAUUGUUACCCGACCUGAUCAGCAAGUACUUAAAGAGAUCGAGGAAAAACAUAACAUCAAACGAAGCAACGUGUGUUUCCUGUGAUGUCACAAUGWCCUGAUCUUCAAGUCAAGCUGGGACCGAACUAUAGAUAUACUAGGAUAAUUAAACGUUGUUUUUAGAGGGAAGUCCAAAAAUCCGUGAAAUAGAAAUAAAGCUAAUGAAAAUUAGUAGGCACUAAUUGCAUUGUUUUCUUUUGUGUCUUUUUGAAUAUCACACUUUGAUAGUCAAGACUUUUUUCACGGAUUUAAUGACUUCACUCAGCCAUUUUAAAAGUUGAUUUGCCUAAUUUGAUUUGAAUAGCGAUUUUAAUUAAUAAUAAAUUAAUAAUAGUGUUUUACAACCUUCACUCCCAACAAAGAGUUGUUUGAUKUGUCAUUUGAAGCCGUUUKGUCACAUAUAACCACACACAUGUGAUUGAUGWUCSUUGUCAUGUUCAUCUGCCCAUCACGCUUCGUGAUAGAAGUCUGAUUAGGAAUCAGUAAUUGAGAAGAAAUCCCGCAUAGGCAAAAACAUGAGAAAGUCAAA